UUGAAAAAUGGCUCGGACUAUCAAGGAGCUUGGCCACCCUGGUUCUAUAAUAUAUACAAGAAUUAUCAAAAUCAACGAGAACAUAUGGGUUUUGAACGAAACAUUCCGGGAUAUCCUCGAUAUUUUAUGAUAAUAAAUAUUAUCCAAGGUGUUUAUAAUUUACGAAUUGAAGAUGUCCGCUUAGAAGACGAAGCUGAAUUUCAGUGUCAGGUUGGUCCAAGUAAAACUCACAAACCAAUAAGAGCCGCUGCUCGGUUAACUGUUGUAAUUCCACCUAAAAAUAUUACUAUAAAUGGACUUCCUGAUGGGGAGGAAGUAAUGAUCCGAGAAUCUCAGAAACUAGUUUUAACAUGUAACACUCGAGGAAGUAAGCCUCCUGUGGAAAUGAAAUGGUAUAGAAGAACUAUAGAACUGGUACCAGAAGCAACUAAAGUUUCUGUGACGAUAGAUGAAGGAAGAGGAUUUGCAACUAGCAGUUCCUUAACAUUGUAUCCUAAAUUAGAACAGAGUGGAACCACCUAUACAUGCGAAGCUCUGCAUCCAGCUCUAGAGAAACCACUUAGAGCAACCAUUUCCGUUGGAAUUUUGUUUCCUCCAAGUCCUCCAAUAAUUCAAGGAUAUCAAGAUGGUGACGUUGUACAAAUUGGAGAUAUGAUAGUUCUUAUUUGCAUAUCUCGAGGUGGUAAACCAGCUCCACGAAUCAUUUGGUACCGAAAUGAUGUCCUCGUAGAUAUGACACAUUCGAGUACGGGUUACGAGACAACAAACACUUUCACAUUUACUGCAGGAAUCGAAGACAAUAAUGCUGUUUUUCGAUGCGAAGUUUCCAAUGCUCUUACAAAGGAACCAAUGAAGAAAGCAAUUACUUUUAAUGUAUUCUUCAAUCCGAAGAAUUUGACAAUCAUUGGUCCAAGUGAAGCUCAUCUGGGAGAGACCAUCACGCUUCGUUGUCAUAGCGACAUCAGCAAUCCUCCUACACAACUUUCGUGGGUUGUGAAUAAAAAUGUCGUCAGAUCUGUGGAAACAGAAAGUUUUCAGACAGUUGAUGGAUGGGUGACAUCCUCCAAUCUCAGCAUUACUAUCAACAGGCAGGAUGUUACUACGAAGAUUAUUUCCUGUUAUGGUUCUGCAACUCCUCUUCGAGCUCCUGUAGUCCAGACUCAUACUAUAAUCAUUAAGUAUCCUCCAGAAUCAUUGACUAUUCUUGGAUACGAGGAAUUAAGUGAACUUAAACAAGGAGACAUUCAACGUCUAACAUGUGUCGCUCUAGGCGGUAAUCCACCAGCCAACCUAAAAUGGUAUAAAGGAGGAAGAGAGAUCAAUGCUUCUGUAUCUGUAUCCGGAAAUGGAGUCUCCAGUGAGUUGGUUUUCCGCGUUGAUGCCAGCGAUAACAGAAUUACUUACACUUGCAGAGCACUGAGCCCUGCCAUUACUCAACCUUUGGAAACGUCAGUUAUUUUAACUGUUUAUUUUACAGCAGAAAAAUUAUUACUUUCGAUUAAUCCACAAAAUCCCAAAGAAAGUCAAACAGUGACGAUAUCGUGUCAAACUGGUAGUUGUAAUCCUAAACCAGAAGUUAUGUGGCUACGAAAUAAUAGAACUGAAGUAGAAUAUUACGAAGAGAUAUUUAAUGCCAGUCAUGGGGGAUUAUCCGUGAAAAGUAUGAUCGUAUUUGUGGUAAAACCAUCAGAUGACGGAAUCCGUUUCGUAUGUCAAGCAAAAUCUAAUGUCUUUCCAAAUGCAGUAGAGGCGCAAUUGAUUUUGAGAGUAUUAUAUAAACCAAAGUUUACUAACAUCGUCCAGAAACGAGACUUAAUAGAAGGUGAAUCUACUGAAAUUAACUUAACUGCUCGUGGGAAUCCCGAUGUAAUUUCUUAUAUAUGGUACAAAGAAGGUACACCUGUUCCUGUUAAAUCCUCGGAGGACAAAUCGAUGAAGAGUAACAAAGAGAAUCGUCUUCGAGUCACCUCAUUAGGAUCAGUGCUACACAUUAGAAGCGCUUCCAGGCACGAUUCCUCUAUUUACACUUGUGAAGCCAGAAAUCAGGAAGGAUCGACUAAUGCAACAGUCAUACUCAAUGUUCGUUACCCUGCCGUAGUUACUAAUAUUUCGGCAUCAACUGAAGCUAAAGAGGAAGAUAGCAUUAAGUUGGAAUGUUCGUUUGAUGGAAAUCCACUACCCGAAAAUGUUAUCAGUUGGAGAAAAAAUGGAAUUCAUCAAAUGCAAUAUCUAUUGGAAGGGAAGAAAUCUUAUUUACUUAUAAACAAUAUCAGUAGAAAUGAUUCUGGUGAAUAUUCAUGUAUCGCUAACAAUGGAAUGGGAAAAGAAUCAAUAAAAACAGUCACAUUAUCUGUACUACGUCCUCCAGAAACACCUGUAGAUUUACAAGCAUUCAACGUUAGUAACAACUACAUAUUUAUUACCUGGAAACCAGGUUUUGAUGGUGGCUACGUUCCUUCUUUUCGAAUCAGGUAUAAGCAACUGGGAGUUGAAAAAUAUUUCUUUCAAGAUGCCACAACAAUGAAACAUCAACACAAAAUUAUCGAUUUGAAACCAGGAACUGAUUACUUUAUUGCUGUUUCUGCGUGGAAUGAUGUAGGGCAUAGUAAUUUUACCUCUGAAAUAAAAGUCAGCACUACAGAUAUAGCAGUUAUGGAUUCUCUAGUACCUGUCACUGGGAAGAAGAGCAAAAAGUUAUCAGGAACUUCAAAGUGGUGGUGGAUAUGUGUUACAAUUGUCGGAACUCUCCUGGUGUUAGUUAAUGUGAUAGUUGUGAUCUGUCUGAUUCACAAGGGUAAAUGCUGUCUCAGAUCGAUCGAAGUUAAUCAGUGUAUUCAUGAUAACGAUAAACAAAUAAAUUAUUCAAUCAGAGAAAAAUCUUUCAAUGCCUUAGAAGAUGAGUGCUCAACUCAUGAACAUCUGACAAUGGAACGAGUGAAAAAUGAAGACAGAAGGAUUUACGUAAAGCUUGAUUUAACGAAAGAAAAAUCAAAUGUGGAAUCCUGCCAUUGGAUAAAUUUGAGUGUCGAAAAAGAAAAUUUUGAAAUAUGCGAAGAAUCCGUAAACAGAAUGAAGAAAAACGAAUUUCCUGAUAUUUUGGAAGGAAAUAAUCUAAAAAAAAGUGUCCUUAAUUAUAAUUAUUCCCCAGAAGUAAGUGAUUUUGACCAUGCCAAGUCUAUAAACUUUCUCUCUUCUUCAAGUUCAAUCACCUCGACAGAAUCCACAACUAAAACGCCGGAACUGAACACAGCGAUUCCUAUGACUUCUGCUUUGACAUGCGACCUUAGGAUACGUCAUAUCCUGUUCGAACCGGAACAACCAACAGGAUCUUUAACAGAGAGCACAGAUAGUUGAGAAGGCUAUUCCCAAGGCAUAUACUAAAAAUAAGUAUGAAAUUAAGAGAAGGAGAAUUUGUAUCCAAUUAAAGUGAAUCUGGAAUUUGUUCAGUGACUAAAUCUUUGAUUUGUUUUUUUAAAUAUAAAACACUUUUGUAAACCGAUUAUUUAUACUGCCGUAUGAUUUUAUUCGUUACAAAAAGAAAAGUAUACGCUCUAAGGGCACUCAACUUUUUAUACUGUUAUAUCAUUUGUUGAGUUUGAAACACCAAAAAGUAUGGAGUUAAUACACU